CGUAAUUCAUCUACAUCCAAUUGCGAUUAAAAAAAGCAAAACCGACCUUACGUGAAGAAACAAGUUUUCUUACCAAAAUGGAUGCUUUCAACCAACCUAAACCAAGAGUUAAUGGAUCUAUGCUUCCAAGGCACCAAGGGAGCAUCGUUUGUCUUCUGGGCCAACUGAAAAAUGUGGACCCUAAUGGAAUGAGCCUAACACUGACUCUAAGUGAUGGAGUUGAUGCUCAAGUCAAUCUCCAAACACCGCUUGAUCGUCCUAUUGAAGGUCUAGUAGAGGUCGUAGGUCAAGUUGGCGCUAAUCCAAGGCAAAUCACAGGAUUGAACCUCAUCAGUCAUGGACAGAAAGAUUUUGAUAUGGAGCUGUACGAUGAGGUUCUGAAGAUCACCCAUGAGCUUCCGCAGUACUACAGACUUGGUGGCCCUGAGAACUAAUAUACGGCUCAGACAGAAAUGAACUAUACAAACUGGGUUUGCAAAUGGUGUGAUAGAUUAUGUAUUUCCCUAUUUGAAUGGGCUAAUUGCCACUGCAAACCAGGAUUGAUGUGCCCUCCUGUAAUCCCAGAGAGAAUAUAUAGUCCUUCAACCAACUGAUCUACAUUUGCAGUACAGGAAGAAAACAGAAUACAAACUGGGUCUACAAAUGAAACUGUAGAUCACAUGUUCAGUGAUGAGAAUGGGUUCAUUACUGCAGCAAACAAGGAUCUGUUCCUUCCUGAAACCCUUGUUGAGAAUUUAUAGUGCUUCACCCAACUAGUCUACACCAGAGAAGAAAAUAAAAUACAAACCGAGUUUGCCAAUGGUGCAUUAGAUCACAUAUGCUAUGAUGUGAGUUCACUACUGAGCUGCAAAGCAGGAUCGAUGUACCUUCCAGUCAGUAGCCCAGAGAGGAUUUGUAGUCAGUCAACCAGGUUCCACUGUAUGUGAGGAAAUGACACCAUCAGCACGGGGAAAGGAAAUGCAUAGCGCCAUCUAGCAGCAACAUUGGUUCAGCCUUUAUUUCAGGAUGGAUUAUGGGUUUAAAAAAAUUCUAUGCAGGGGGCUAUUUUAUCAGAGUCUACAUUUCAAAUUACCUUUGUAUUGAACCCUAUGUUCAUUUAUUUGGCUAUUUUAUCUCUUAUUUGGGGUAAUUUGCCACUUAUUUGGGUUAUUGUUGAUAUUCUGGAGGCUAAAAUUUACUUCAUUCCAGGGUAAAGGAAGAGAUGGUAGCUGACACGUUUGUGGUACUUUAUAUUUUUAUAAAAAAAUAUUUUUGUGGGGAACAUUUUUUAUGGAUGAAUUAUUGAUCCCUUUCACAAUAUUCAGGUAAUCACUGGAGGCAUUUCAUGUAUAUUUUCAUUAUUUUUACAUGUACUUGAAUAUUUGCCUGUCCAUCCUGUGCUGUUCAUGCAAUGACUUAACACAUUUUAGCAUAUCGACUUUGAAAUUGAUCCAGGAUGAAAUUCGUCUUUGCAGUUAGCCACAUGAGGUUUUUUUGCUGAGUGGAAUUCAUGUAAGGGUCCUAAAAAGGUUCUUGUAUAGAUUUAUUUUCUUUUUUCUCCCAAUUGCUGCAUGCAUCUAGGAAUUUAGUGCUACUAUAGUAUUUUUUUCUGAGAAAAAAAAUAAGGUAUAACCUUUAAAAACUUGUGACCAGGAAGAAAAAUGGGGGCUGGGGGGCAAUUUUGCCCGUGAAAUGCUAAAAAGGACCCUGAAAAUUAAAAAGGAGCCCUGGAAAAUUAAUUUCAUUGCAAUGUUAAAGCUUAUCCCACAUUGGAGAUUUAGACAGCAAGUUUGGAAAAGUAG